ACAACAAGCUGUUGAUCUUCUCGAGCAAAAUGAACUCAAUCAAGUUGGUCGAUCAUAUUACACCAAGUCCUCCCCUUUCACCUUAGUUUCAUGGAGUUCUUAUCCAACCGGGCUUGGCAUGCAAAGUGGUUUGGAGAAGUUGACUGAAGAUUGCUCAGAGCCAGAACUACUUUACGAUUAGAGAAAGCCCCAGACCUCUUGAGAAACUGCAACUCAUCCAUGGACUGCCUUUGAAUUCUCUGAGACUGGUAACUGCUUGCUUUCUGCUUUGCCUUAGUUCACUCAGUCAGGUUCAUGUAACUUGGUACCCUGCAGUUACUGCUGUCAUCUGUUCUAUCCGAAGCCAAUCCGGUGUUCCCUGAAACCAAUCUAUGAAGACAAAUGAGUUUUAGUGAAAGAAGAAAGAAAAAAAACAACCUAUUUACGGCUCAUCAAGAUUGGAUUUAGUGAGUAGUGGGACCCCCAAGUAUUCCAUUGUUAGCCUAUUAUUAAACCAAACAUCGGAGCAGUGACGAAUCAGAAUUUAGAGUCCUAUUGAAAUAGACCUGGAGAAAUUGAUAGGUAGCACGGAAAUGGAACUGUUAAUGCUUUCCGAUGUUUGUCUGGUGUCAACCAUCUUUACUUUGUUGGCAAUGCUAGCAGGAGUAGUUUUGGGCUACUUUUAUAAGCCCUACUGGGGGGUGAGAAGGGUACCAGGCCCACCAGCUAUCCCUCUGAUAGGGCACAUUCCCUUGCUGGCAAAGCAUGGUCCGGAUGUAUUCUCAGUUCUUGCCAAACAGUAUGGCCCUAUUUUCAGGUUUCAUAUGGGCAGACAGCCACUAAUAAUUGUAGCAGAUGCAGAGCUUUGUAGAGAAGUUGGAAUUAAGAAAUUCAAAGACAUCAAAAACAGAAGCAUUCCGUCUCCCCUCGCCGCUUCCCCUCUUCAUCAGAAGGGUCUGUUUUUAACCAGGGAUGCGAGGUGGUGGACGAUGCGAAACACGAUCUUAUCUGUGUAUCAGCCAUCACACCUAGCCAGCCUUGUGCCCACCAUGCAGUCAUACAUUGAAUCUGCAACUCAAAAACUUGAUGACUGCUCCAAAGAAGAAGAAGAAGUUACCUUUUCCAACAUCUCCCUCAGAUUGGCCACUGAUGUGAUAGGACAAGCUGCCUUUGGUGUCAACUUUGGCCUUUCUAAACCACAAUCCAUCACUGAUUCAAUCAACAAGCAGAUUGGUGGCCAAGACAUUAACAUUGAUGAAGUCUCAGACUUUAUAAACCAACACAUAUAUUCCACAACACAGCUUAAGCUGGACUUUUCUGGUUCCUUAUCAAUCAUACUGGGACUACUUGUUCCCAUACUCCAGGCGCCAUUUUGGCAGAUUUUGAAGAGAAUCCCUGGCACUAUGGACAGGAAAAUUGAACGUAACAACCAGAAAUUGACUAGCCGGCUUGAUCAGAUUGUUGAAAAGAGAAUGAAAGACAGUGGCGGCCGAGGUUCAAAGAAUUUCUUGUCGCUCAUACUGAAUGCAAGAGAGUCAGAGACAGUUUCAAAGAAUUUCUUCACCCCAGACUACAUCAGUGCACUUACUUAUGAGCAUCUCCUUGCUGGGUCGGCCACCACAUCAUUUACAUUGUCUUCUGUUGUUUACUUGGUUGCUGCCCACCCAGAAGUUGAGAAAAAGUUGCUGGCAGAGAUUGAUGGAUUUGGUCCACCUGCUCAGAUGCCAACUGCUCAUGAUCUUCAACACAAAUUUCCUUAUAUGGAUCAGGUUAUCAAAGAGGCAAUGAGGUUUUACAUGGUUUCCCCAUUAGUUGCGAGAGAAACAUCUAGACAAGUCGAAAUAGGAGGUUAUCUUCUACCGAAGGGGACAUGGGUGUGGUUAGCGCUUGGAGUUUUAGCAAAAGAUCCAAAGAACUUCCCAGAGCCACACAAGUUUAAGCCAGAGAGGUUUGAUCCAAGCUGCAAAGAAGAAAAACAAAGGCAUCCUUAUGCUUUUAUACCCUUUGGCCUUGGACCUCGAUCAUGCAUUGGUCAGAAAUUUUCCCUGCAAGAAAUAAAGCUCUCGCUGAUUCAUUUAUACCGGAAAUAUGUAUUCCGGCACACUCCCAAUAUGGAGAUACCUCUGGAACUUGAGUUUGGCAUUGUUCUAAAGUUCAAGUAUGGUAUCAAGCUUAGAGUCAUAAAGCGCACAUGAUGCCAUGCAAGGAUAUUUCUUCUUUGCUUGCCUCAUAUGAGUCUUUGCUUUACCACCUUCAAUUGUUCCCUUGCUAUCACUGAAAAAUUAAGGAGAAAAGAAAGGAAGAGAGAAGAUUUAGGCUGUAAGAAAGAAUUCCCUUGAUAUUCUGUGUACAGUGGUAUUCAUAUAUACAGCUUAUCUAUAAUGAAAGAUCUCGAAUAAAUUUCAUGACAAAAAGGAUGGAGACAAUGAUGAGUGUAGGUGAGUGAUGCUUCAGUACUACUACUAGUAGCCAUUUUCUCCUAUUCUUCUGGACCCUAGCUGAGGUGUCAUUCUAUUGUGAUUUGUUCUUUGCAUAUGUGUAUUUGUA